AUGGAGAACGAUCUGGAUUCCGACACACCUUUCACGCCUCGCGACCGUCUGCUGAUCGCGGGGCUGACCAACCAAACCGAGUAUCGAAUCGAACGCCGCGAGGCUGAGAUCUGGGCUGUCAGAGAUUGCAAGUUUCUCAUACUCGAUGAAGAAAUAGACUUGGUUGAUGGGAAAGGAAAGCAGUCAGAGCCUUGUAUGCCCAAGCCACAGGACGAACUGCACGAGGAGAGAUCCGGCAUCUCGAAACGGCCUAUGGAGCGUGGCGACGACAGAACUGCCCACGAUAAUAAGAGAAGGAAGGGAAAGGAAAUUCAGAAUGAUGAUUGGGAGAUGGAGGAAUCACCGUCAGGGGCACGGCUUCAGUUUUGCCACAAUGUCGAGCCCAGAUAUGCCCCCUCGUCAACCCCGAACGGGAAUGGCCCCCCUCUGGAGGAUUUUGAAUGCGUUAUCUGUGCCCACUGCCCAGAGUUCCCAAACGACAGAAAAGCAAGCCGUUUCCGUCUCUACAGACCGAGAGAUAAGUUCCCGGAGUUAUUUGAGAACGGCAUACCUUCAGCAAACAACAUCUGCGCGCACUAUCUGGCCAUUUCUUACUGCUGGCCUCCUCAACAGAAAGACGACGACGGCAAUACCAUUGAGAUCCCCAGAACAUACAAAGUCCGCGACCUUAAUGGAGUCGUCCGCGCAAAUAGAGCCGUGGACGAUAUUCUUGACCGUGCUGUAGACGUCGCGAACAGUUUCGGUCUCCGCAUGAUCUGGAUCGACCAAGAAUGCCUUCCCCAGCCGCCUCAAGAUGCCGAGUCUCCCUAUAAGGAGGAUAAACAACUUGGAAUUCAAGCAAUGGACAUUAUUUACAACAGGGCGUUUGUUACCGGCGGCCUGCUAGACGUCGCUAUGUCGAGCUUGCAACAGCUGGAAAAGCUCCGGGGUUUGAUUUCGAAGACAAGAAAUUCAGGUACCAAUCGCCUAAUUACGAAAGAACAAGACCUGGAGAUAAUCAUAGCAUUUCUCCAACAAGUCAGGAGGGAUCGAUGGUAUACCCGUGCGUGGGUAGUUCAGGAAGCUAUCAGUGCUGGUGACAACCUCAGUCUUGUUUUCAAACGUGGCGCUGGACUGCCCGAGCGAUCGAGGCCUCGAAUACCUAGCAAAAGGAGUGGCCUGCCGACUCAUUCGCUUGAGAGCGAGGACCAAAGACGCGGUCUACCGUCCGACGUUGUUUGCAUCAUGGUACACGAGUUCCGUGACAUUGUUCAGGCCGCGAAGACAUACCUACGACAACAUUCACUCGAGGGAGACGAGUUCAACUUGUUCCGCGAGGGAAGGAUGUAUGAAGCCAUGGGGAUUAUUGCCGAGGUUGAGAGCUUGCAUCCUCCAUUCUGGAAACCGAAACACGAUAGCUUCAAGUUCGGGGCGCGAAGUGCCAUUUCGUUUGGCAUCCGACCCACCGUGGACGCAGCCGGCGCCCUGACGUUGCUUAAUACAAGAGGAUGUUAUCAUAGCGAGGACCGCAUAGCCAUCAUGGCGAAUAUGUGUGGUUACGAACACCGACUAAAUCCGGAAGCCGUUGCCAAAGACCGCAUCUCGCUCCGUGCAGUGCUUCUGACCUUGUCACUCAUCAACAACGACUUCUCUCUGCUGGUUCCGGAGGCAUACUCAGGCACCGUCCUGGGAGACGCCAACGAUGAACCAGGUUUCGAUCUUCUCCAAAACAUCCGACCAGGCUGGGUGCAUCCUUUUGAUGUUGGCUUGCAGUUUCUGGAUCAAGUAACCAUCCGUGGAUUCGAUCUUCCAAGAGCCAUACUACGCGAGAGGCGGCCCGGCAUACUUGGGGUGCCGGCGUAUCUUUGGGAUGUUGAAACCCCGAUCGACCUGACCCCAAUAAGGGUUCUGUGGCUCGAAGAAUGGCUCAACUUAUGUUGCAUCAAGACCGAGCUUCUCCCCAUCCCGAAUGAAGAACCGCAUGCGCGUCGCCUGCGGAAAGAUGUGAUAUCUGAGCGGAUGGACUGGCCAAAGUCGGAAUGGGUAAAGCAGCAGUUAGCUGGGAAGAAAUUCCUCAGUAGCGAUUCCGCGUUUUGGAGCGGUAUCGAACAAUACGCAGGCACAGCCAAAAUAUCCUUGUGUCUUCUCGCGAACAGGUUGGACGCUAGCCCGACUCGUCAGGCAGUGUUUGGAAGACUUUUCUUUGACAUUCUUCGAUUUCUGCACAACCAAUCCACAGUUGAACCAAGGGCUCAAGGAGUUGCCAACAGCAUAUGGCAAUCCAUGCGUGUGGAUGCAGUCCACGAAGACCUCCCAGCUUUGCCCGACGAUGUCACCGAAGAACUCUUUAACCAUCCUGCUGUACAGCGCAACAAGUUUCGCACCAUUGCGCUGGACAGAACCCGAACUGGAGAGUAUUACCAGAUCUGGUUUAUUGCUCGCAUCAUGAUGUACGGCAAUCUAUACGUAGGGACCAAUAAGCCAGAACCCCGUGACGACAAACUUGCCGGCAAACAAGCCACUGCAUUGAACUCGGAGGCCAAUCAAGCAGAUCAGCAUGAUGUUGGUGAGCACGACAACAUUUCAACUUUAGCAAAGAAAUCUGCAGUCAACUGUUGCAUCAUGCACCGUCAAUACAACAGAUCAAUCCUCUCAUACGUCUUUGCUGCCGAUGAAAUCCAUCAUUAUUGUCACCUACAGACGAAAGCCGAGAAGGACUCUAGGCUUGGAGGUCUUCACGCACAGCUCACACCUGGAUCGAUGGUGUCUUUCAUGGAAACAAUAGGCGCAUACCAGGACUCUGAAGGGGAGAUUUGUCGGGCAAAGGAGCUUUUUUCUAUCUUCGACGUAGACGGGCCAUGUGAGAUCGCUGUCCCCUACGACAAUGCUUGGGAAAUGGUUCCCCAUCCGACGAUGAGGAGCAUGAGCGUCUGCUGGGUCGUUGAAAUCGGCAGCGCUCCUGAUGAAGGCGAAGUAUCGCGUGUAGAGGAGGUGACGAGAAUGAGCAAUGGGGCCCCAUCGUCGUCCGCCAGUAGUUGGAGGAAAGAAUCUGUUACUAUGAAAGUGUUGAACAAAGUCAGAGGUUUCUGGCCUAUCAUGCACACACAUCCGACUGAGAAGUAUACGCUUGUCGAUAUGGGAUGUUAG